AUGUGGAAUUUUCCAAAUUGCUGCGGCGCUGUCGACGGGAAACACAUACGGAUCGUUUGCCCUGACAACUCUGGAUCACUGUACUUUAAUUAUAAAUCAUUUUUUUCUGUUGUUCUAUUGGCUUUAGUUGAUGCGCAUAACAAGUUCCUAGUGGUUGACAUAGGGUCAUAUGGAAAAGAAGGCGAUGCAGGAAUUUUCCCCAAAUCCAAUUUGGGAAAAUCGAUUUCCACCGGAGAAUUUAAAUUUCCAGAACCAAAAUGUUUGCCAAAUACUGAUAUAGUCUUACCUCAUGUAUUCUUAGGUGAUGAAGCAUUUAAAUUAACGGAGACAAUGAUGAGACCCUACCCUCGAAAUCAAUCGACAUCAGAUCCAACAAAAGCCAUUUUUAAUUAUCGUCUAAGUCGAGCUCGAAGAACAACAGAAAAUACGUUUGGUAUUAUGUGUCAAUAUUUUCGAGUAUUUUUUACGCCGAUUAAUAUUCUUCCCGAGACAGUCGAUAACCUAGUAAUGGCCUCAUGUAUAAUCUAUAAUUUAUUACGAGAUGAACGAAUGGUGUGCCCUGCAGAUUUGACAGAAAAAGACCCCAUAACAGACAAACAAACUAACAUGAUCCAAUUUAGUGCAACAGGAGGAAAUGCAACUCAUGAAGCUUUUCGAAUCAGGGAAACUUUCAAAGAAUAUUUCAACACCAGGAUAGGAUCAGUGAACUGGCAGCAAAAACAUAUAACAAGAACUAAUUAA